UCCCGCACAGAGACGGCUUUGAGUGACUUAGCAACCAUGCUCUCCGGCGACACACCUCCCAAUCAGACCAUUUACAUUAAGAAUCUCAACGAGAAGAUCAAGAAAGAAGAAUUGAAGAGAUCGCUUUACGCGUUAUUCUCUCAAUAUGGAAGAAUUUUGGACGUUGUUGCCUUGAAGACACUGAAGCUUCGGGGACAAGCAUGGAUCGCAUUUAGUGAAGUGACCGCCGCAAGUAAUGCUGUGCGGCAAAUGCAGAACUUUCCGUUUUAUGAUAAGCCUAUGCGAAUUCAAUAUGCAAAGACAAAGUCAGAUUGUGUUGCUAAAGCAGAAGGAAGCUUUGUUCCUAGAGAAAAGAAAAAGAAGCAAGAGGAAAAAGCGGAAAGAAAGCGACGUGCAGAAGAAGGACAACAAUCUGCUGCGCCUAAUGACACAGGAGCUGAAAAUGGGGUAACAACAGCUCCAUUCCGCCAAGGAAAUAUGAGAGCACAAGAAGCUGCAGCUCCAAAUAAUAUACUUUUCAUAGAGAAUUUGCCCCAUGAGACCAAUAGUAUGAUGCUAGAAUUGCUCUUCCGACAGUACCCAGGAUUUAGGGAAGUUCGGAUGAUUGAGGCAAAGCCAGGUAUUGCCUUUGUAGAGUUUGAAGACGAUGUUCAAUCAUCCAUGGCCAUGCAGGCCCUUCAAGGGUUCAAAAUUACUCCUCAGAACCCCAUGGCCAUUACUUUUGCAAAGAAGUAACCGACCUUUUUCGCUCAGGUAAGCAUUGUUUGAGUUCAUUUUUCAGGGAGAUGUAAUAGCUGAAGUGGUUUUACUCAUGCUGUAGUCAUGUAGAUCCUCUUAACUGAUUUUAGAAUUUCCAGUAAAACCUGAUUCAUAUCGAAGUUGAGAAACCAGUAGAUGGUUCGAAGAGGAAAUGAAAGGCGAGAAGGUGCAGAAGUGGUGUUGAUGUAGUAUAUUUGUUUGAUCCAAUCAACUGAUUGUUUAGAUUGGUAGAGUAUUUUUCUCAUUACAUAUUACUCUCUCAUUUACUUCUGUUUUUGUGAUCAGAGCGAAACAUGUGUUGAUGGCUGAAAAUAGCCGUUCCCCAAAAAAUAUGGUUACACA